CCGUGGCAACCAAACUGCGUCUCAGAAGUUACCGCUCCAAAAAACAAACCGAGUGUCGUUAAUGGCAACAUACCCGUUUGUGUUUGGGUUUUUAGCGACCACAGCCUCUUAAAAACAGCACCCGCGGGCAUGUUGGGGAAGAGGACCGAAUCGAAACCGCAAGGCUUCACCUGGAGGGCGAACAUAAACAACCUGGAGGUGGAAGGUCCCCCUUCUGCUGGCGCCUUUCAAGAGCGCCCUUCUAGACCAACUAUGUUUCGCCAGUUCUACGAGCGCAGGGACUUGCCCAUCGCACUGGUGCAUGGCUCUGAGGGGAACAGUAUUGCCUGGAAGGUGGAGAUUGAGAAACUGGACUACCACCACUACCUGCCCCUGUUCUUUGAUGGUUUAUGUGAGACCACUCAUCCAUACGAAUUCUUCGCCCGCCAGGGAAUCCAUGACAUGCUGGAGCACGGCGGCCCUAAGAUCCUCCCUGUCAUCCCGCAGCUCAUUAUACCCAUCAAAAAUGCGCUGAACACCAGAAACCACCUGGUGAUGUGCAACACCCUGAAGGUCCUCCAGCAUCUGGUGAUGUCAGGUGACAAGGUGGGAGAAGCACUGGUGCCGUACUUCAGACAGAUCCUCACCGUUUUCAACAUCUUCAAGAAUGUGAGGAUCAAUCGCGGGGACGGCAUCGACUACAGCCAGGGAAAGAGGGAGAUCAUCGGCGACCUGAUCCAGGAGACCCUGGAGAUGUUCGAGCGCUACGGCGGAGAAGGCGCCUUCCUGAACAUCAAAUACAUGGUUCCCACCUACGAGUCCUGUAUGAUCAAAUGAGGCCUGCACAGCAGAGACUUUCACCCGCAGUAUUCUAUUGAACUCUCUCUCUCUCAGACUCUCCUUUAUCAGGGACUUCAUCCGUGCCCACCCCCCUCUUUAAGCCCCUGUAAGACCCUUGUCAUUCAUCCCUCGACUCUUACUGACCCUCUUCAAGCCUUCAAAUAAAAC